AGGAAGAGGAGGGGGCCGCCGCCAUCAUGGCGGGGCUGAGCCGCACGCUGGGCAUCUUCGGUGGCUUCGUGGCCGUGGUGGGGGCGGCCCUGUACCCCAUCUACUUCAGGCCGCUGCUACUGCCGGACGAGUACAAGAAAGAACAGUCAAUAAACCGAGCUGGUAUUGUUCAAGAGGAUAUUCAGCCUCCAGAAAAGCCUGACAGCAGCAGCAGGGGAAAAUCCAAUAGGAUUAAUGCCAUGUCCUAACUACGCACAUCAGUUAAUUCGUCAGUGCAGGACUUGCUUUCCAAGAAGGUGGUGAAAUGUUGAAGAAGAGCAGGAAAUUAUUAUGAAAUAGGAGCCUGGUAAAUCUGCCUUUUUAUUAAAUAGUAAAGAAGAUUGGACUGUCUCAUUUAUCCAAGACACAGGUAUUUGAUGACUAAUCAUCCUCAGUAUAACUUUUUAAUUCAAAUUCAGCUGCCAAUAAGAAUUUAUGAAAUCCACUAGUUGAAAACAAAAUCCAGCCAAGGUGCAGUUCUAGUGUUUUUUUUUUUUCCCAACGAUCUUGGAACACCUUACAUAUGGGUGUAAUAGGUUUUCCAUUAUCUGAAGCUUAAAGUCAAGAUGAGGUUGACUUUAUAAAUAUUUUUGCAAGCUUAAGCAGAGCUGAGAGUUCAGUGCAGAAAAUGUUAGAUUCUUUCAAUUUUUGUCCACAAGGCUGGAAUAGAAGACAAGAUUUUUUGUUUGUUUUCCCCAGUGCUCUAGUUAUGAACUGCUGGUAUUAUCAUAUUUGAUUUAUAGGGUUAAAAGUGUGGUCUGAUCCCUUUGGAAGAAAGUAAUGUCGCUGGCUGGGUGCAUUGCAAGGCAGAACUGAAGACGGACUCUUCAGCUGUUUCUUCUUACACUGAAGUGUGCCUGUGGGUGUCGCUGGAGAAGAAUUCUGAAUAUGCUGUGUGGGCGCAUGAGGAGCAACAAACGCUACUGGCUGGAAUGCCAAGAGGAAAAAAAAAAUGCUAGAUUUGAUAGAAGGUGCUUUGGUAACAAUGCACAGAUUGUUAGAGUGCUGAAGGAUUAAGUUUAGAAGUGAAAUAUUUAUUUCCUUGAGAAAAGGGAAGAAGAAUUAUUUUUGUGGUUAAUCUGUAAACACUUUUAGAAAAAAAUAUGAAUUGACUAAAUCAUGCAGACCACUGCAGUUUCCUCCCUAGUUUGAGAAUUAGUUUUUGUGGUUUUAUGAAAACAUGGUAGAAGUUUAUACUGAGAGAGACCACUGCAGAUUUGUGCUCUCUUAUGCAAAAUAUAACACGGUGAGUGUGAAUUUGUACAUUAAAAUUUCUUCCUUUCAAA